UUUUCCUACUUCAUAAUGUUAUAAGUAACUCAUACUGGACCCACCACAAAUAAUUACUAGAUAUGAUUAACAUAAUGGAUGUGCCUAGAUUAACUCUCUCAUACCCCAUCUUUUUUCUGCUUUCAUUCUUUCUCUCAGCAGGAAAGAUCUCAAUGCUUGUGAAUGCACAGAGUUGGUGCAUAGCAAAGGCAUCGGCAAGCCAGGAAAGUCUACAGGAAGAUUUGGAUUUUGCUUGUCGAGUUGUAGAUUGUAGGCCAACUCAGCAAGGAGGUACCUGCCAUGAACCAAAUAGUCACGUGCACCAUGCCUCUUUUGCCAUGAACGAGUACUACCAGAGCAGAGGGCGCCAUGAUUGGGACUGUUAUUUUAGCAGAACUGCUCUCAUUGCCUUGGCUGAUCCAAGCUUUGGAAGCUGCAAGUUCAAGGCUGGAGGUACAGGAACCCCACCACGGGUGGAAAAACAGAAUACCUGGUGUGUGGCAAAGCCAGGAACGCCAGACAACAUGCUGGGGGCCAAUAUUAAGUAUGCAUGUGGGAAAUUAUCAGAGUGCGGUGAUAUUCUACAACAUGGCUCAUGCUUCUUCCCCAACACCCUCAUCAAUCAUGCCUCCUUUGUCAUGAACCUUUAUUACAAGACCCUUGGACAUUACACCUGUGAUUUUAAUGGCACUGGCAUCAUUGUUAUGACAGAUCCAAGUUAUGGUGAAUGCAUUUACGUCUGAAGACCCUAAACAAACGAGAGUACUAAUUAAAUUUGUACUUUCAAGGCAAGGGAAGAAGAAGCUAGUAAAUUUUGUGAUCAUUUUUGCUCCAUAAUGAUCCUGUAGAAGUACUUCGUUUUCUUCCCAUGUACUCAAACAAAGAUUGGGAAUAAAGAUAUCUAUUUGUUAUA